ACUAUGUAUCUUUCUUCUAAAAAGCCUUUUUGGGAAGAAUUACGUGUACCUGUCUGUAUGUGUCGUGUCUUUUCCGCGUGUUCUUAAGUUAAAAUUAUGAUAAUUUAUUUUGUUUGUUUUUGGGCCCCCUUGUGCGGGUAGGUGGGUUAGGUUCAUGUGAAAUAUAAUAAUCGACAGGUCUUUUUCUUGAGAAUUGCAUUUAUUUUCUGUGCAGUGGCAUAGAUGGUUGAACAUCAUGUCAACACCAAUCAUUAGUGCCAAGUCCCUUGCGAAUCUCACACGGGCACGCUUUACUACGAUUCGGUCGCCUAAACUUGGGUAAGUAAUCAAAAUGUCCAGUUCCAAAAAUGUUGCAAAGAGUUACCAGCAAGUGUCGGUUUAUCAAAGAGAGCAUGGAAAAAUACUGAUUGACGAUAUAGAGAUUCAUCGAGGACAUGUUAUCCUAGAUUUGGGCUGCGGGACUGGAGAAUUGUCUGCGUAUCUUUCCGAGCUCGUAGGACAAGAUGGAAGAGUCGUAGCCGUUGAUCCCGACAGUCAUCGAGUAGAAGUGGCGCGAGAAUCACACAGGGAAGUCAAAAAUCUUGCAUUUCAAGAAGGAAGCUCUGCCAGCUUCCCAGGAAUGGGCUUGGAGACUUACGACAUCGUCUUCUCCAACUUUGUGUUUCACUGGAUUAAGGAUAAAGAAGAAGCAUUCAAGAACAUGUUUUGGAGCUUGAAACCAGCAGGGAAAAUUGUCCUGACUUACGCCGAUCGCUUACAUUCCAUCGAACAUAAAAUUUAUGGUGAACUUCAAAACUCAGAAAGCAUGGAACGUAUGCUAAGCAAACGUUGGUACGAGAGAAGGGCAAACAUGGAAGAGAUGUGUUCGGCUGCAGGAUUUGAAAUCAUAAAAAGUGUUGACGUCAAAAUGGAGGAUCUUGAGUUCGAAAAUGUUGAAAGCUUGUGCUCGUUUAUCUUGGCAACUAAUCAAGGCAGUCUGCAGAGCGUUAAGCAGAUUGCGUGUCAACAGCGAAGAAUUUUGUCCCUGAUGAAACUGCUUUGUAUCGUUGAGGAUCGGUUCAAGUAGUAAGCUUUGAUUUUGCUUUCCCUGAAAACAACUGAUGCGAUCUUGGAACUUGUAGGCAAUUGAACAAUUUCGUCUGUUAAGUUAGCUCCUACAUCAAACAGUAUUUUUGUCACAAGAGUGUUAAUUUAGUAAUGUUGCGGUGUAGGUUAUGGUUGGUUGCGUAAAAUGUCAGAGUACUUUUCAGCUACUGCGCAGGCGAGUAACGCAAGGUUAUCACGGUCAGAUGAAGUGGUGGUUUGUAUCGCAGGCUUCAUUGUGGGGGAAGGGCGUGUUAAUUAUUAUUUCCUAAGGGGGUAGGGGAGGGAGUUUGUUUACGAAAUAAUAAAAAUGACCAUGUCAAUAAAAGCAGUUUAUUUUUUGGCA